AUGGUAAACAAACGGGAAGGUUCCAAUUCUUACGUUGACGGCAACAAAAAGGUCAAGCUUGACAACGGUAAAAAGGAGGAUAUCGCCAUUGACUCCGAGUUGUUGGGCGACCAGUCCUCCUACACGAGUUCGGGCAACCAGGACCAGAAUGAUGUUAAGGAUGAGGAAGCUGCAGUUGCAGCAGCAGCCUCUUUGGUUUCUGAAGCUGACCCUGCCAAUGCUGCCGCUGCUGCUUUGAGCCAUCAGCAGCAAUCUCACCAGCACAGCCAUCAUCACCAACAACAACAACAGCAGCAACAGCAGCAACAACAGCAGCUGCAUGCCUUGCAUCAUAGGAUGUACGAUAAUGCCUACGGCUCCCUGGUUCACGCUGCCGCUGUCCAGCAACACCAUAGACCUGACCUGACGAUGUUGCAGCCAACGACAUUGCCUCCUCCAAACAACAGUAAGCCUCCUCAUGGUUCUGACGAAUGGCACCGUGUUAGACGCGAGAACCAUAAGGAAGUUGAAAGAAGAAGAAGAGAUCUGAUCAACGCGGGUAUUAAAGACUUGGCUGCUUUGAUUCCUACUCCUGAUACAAACAAGGCUCAAAUCUUGCAAAGAGCCGUGGAGUUCAUUAAGCGUUUGAAGGAGAAUGAGAACAACAACAUCGAGAAGUGGACUUUGGAGAAGUUGUUGACCGAGCAAGCUGUUAGCGAGUUGAAUGCUUCGAAUGAGAAGUUGAAGGCUGAGUUGGAGAGAGCUUACCGUGAGAUUGACUCUUUGAGAAGACAACUCGAUGAAAAACAGUAA